AUUCAAUCUGAUUUUGGGGAAGGACGAUUUUCAUGGUAGACAUUAACCAUUCUCAUGAGACUGAUUUCUUUCACAAAUGACAUACAUGUUCGCCGGAAAGAAGGUACACCAACAGAAGUUAUCCGGAAGACUAUUUUUGCGUAUCUACUCUUAUAUAAUGCAUUUUGCUUAGGUUUCUCAUCCAUUGUUUGAGAGAACAAGUGGCAUAAGGCCCAUCACCAACCAAACAAGAAAAAUAAUGGAGGAUACCCAAAUUUCUCUUCGGGUUUUCGAUAUCUCGGAGGACUUCGACGAUUUCAUGGUAUGGGCCACCGAUAGCAAGGCGGCUCGCUUUUGCAGUUGGGAGCCGUACACUUCCAAAGAAGAUGCUCUCAACUACUUAAAGGAGACGGUUGUUUCCCAUCCAUGGUUCCGAGCCAUAUGCUUGGGAAACCGGCCGAUCGGGGCUAUUUCGGUUGCCCCAGGAUCUGAUAACAAUAGAUGUAGAGGUGAACUUGGGUACGUUCUAGCAUCCAAGUACUGGGGCCAAGGGAUAGCUACACGAGCGGUCAAGAUGGUGAUCGAUUCCAUAUUUGUGGAGUGGCCACAUCUAGAGAGACUUGAAGCUCUAGUAGACGUUGAAAAUCCAGGUUCACAGAGAGUGCUGGAGAAGGCUGGCUUCCUUAGAGAAGGUGUCUUGAGGAAGUACGUCAUUCGCAAAGGGAAGACUAGAGAUGUGGUGAUGUACAGUUUUCUUUCAACAGAUUCACUUGCGCAACUUUAAAAAGGCCUUGUACGAAUUGCUGUCCUCAUAAGGAAGGCCUACCUGUUGUCUGUUGAAACCCCGAUGGGUUUGGCGAGACCAAAUCUGUUUGUUACUUGUUGAAGUGUGUCAAGAUCUUACUUUUACCUUCAAAUUUAGACACGCAAUAUUUUUCUUUUAACUUUCUUUUUUUUCGGUUAUAUACCCAUUACUUGAGUGGUUAGAAUUGCUUCAGCAAUAUUGUGAGUUAAGGGAUAUGCUCCAUCCAUGUAGGACUCACAAUUUGAAUGAUUAGGAUUGUUUUAAUUGGCGUCAUU